GCGCUUUGCGUGCGCAGCCGGGCCAAGGGAGGCGGCUGCGCGCGUGUCUCCUUUCAGGGCAGGGAAGAGCCGCUUUCCGGUUCGCUCCUCGUUGCGGGCGAAAGGAGGCUGGAGUCGGAAGGAGGGCCCCGCGGAGCCGGAGCGGCGCUUGCGCCAGCCCGCGAAUAGAAGUCCGCUGGCAGCCAGAUGGGGAGUGCAGCCUAAGGGGCUGCCUUGUUUCUUAGUCGUCUGUUUCCGUGCAGUUUGCCGUGUAGGGAGGAAAAGGCUAGGGGAGAACUGCAGGCGAGCAUUGGCUGCGGUCCUCUGCAUGCUCGCUUGGGAGGUAUGCUAUGACGGGUUGCCGACUUCCUCUUGGUGUUUUUAGAAAUCUAAAUGUCUGCCUUGGACUCUUGGAGAAAUUCCCUUAUAAACUCUGCACACCCUGGAAAAGGUUCUUUUAUUCUGCAAACCAUCAGCCAGUUACAGCAAUUUCCUCCAAAUAUUUAUUCAGUUAUUCUAUAAAGCACCACACCUUUUUGAUACCUUUGCACAAAAGUCUGCCAGGGAUUUAUGCACGACUCAAAAGUGACAAAAGCUCUCCGAAGAAGACUGUGAAACAAACUCUGCCAGAGGAGACAGAGGAAGAGGAUGGAAAUGAAGAGAUUAGCGAUUCAGAAGAUGAGUUUGAAGAUGAUCCCUCUGUAGUGAAGGAUUACAAAGAUCUUGAAAAAGUAGUACAGUCAUUUCGAUUUGAUAUGAUCAUGAAAGCUGGUCUAGAUAUUGCCAGAAACAAAGUGGAAGAUGCAUUCUACAACGGUGAACUCAGGCUUAAUGGAGAAAAACUAUGGAAGAAAAGCAGAUCGGUAAAAGUUGGUGACACACUUGAUUUCAUUAUUGGAGAGGACAAAGAAACAGAAACUGCUGUCGUUAUGAGAGUUGUAUUAAAGAAAGCAUCAGAGAAGACAGACACUGAUAAAUACAGAGUGGUAUUGAGACGCUGGAGAAACUUAAAAGUACCCAAGCAGGAUGUAUUUAAGUGAACUAGCAUUUGCAUGUGGUGCACAUUUCCUUGUGAGCAACCAUAUUUGUUAUACAUUAUAUUAAUUUUGUUUGGUUAAACAAAACUCAUGCAUUCUCCCCCCCUCCCCCCUCCAAUAUGGGUAUGUAAUGGCCUGCUACCUUCCUUACUGUAUACAUAACUUUUAUUCCUGUGAUUGGCAGGUCGCCUCUUUUGUUUGCUACUGAGGAAAGGAAAGCAGUGUUUCUAUAAGAAGACAUAAUAAAUGAAUAAAAGGGAAAGCUAA